GGGGGCGCUUCUUUGUAACACAUUCGAUACGUUACGAACGAUGUCGGUUUCAUCAGACGAGACUGAGGUUGAUGAGUCCUGGAAAGUGAAUCUUGAGAUUGCUCUCCUGGAGGAUGCUGACAUUUUUAAGAUUCGUGAUAUUUGCGCUAUGCGCCCUGUUCCUGACAACCUGCGCCCUGACGUCUGGCGCAUAUGCCUUAGGCUGGAUGCCCAUUCGCAAGCGAUGGCUGAAUUUAACGACAUUUUCGAGUUAGAAAACCAGUCAGAGCUUCAUGAUGAAUGUGAAUUAGCUUCUGCUGAAAUAUUUCAACGUCUGAAUAAACAGUAUAAUCUUCAGCAGUUAAAAAAUCCUUCUAGUCUUUCUAUAAGUAGUGAUAAUGAUGACUUGGACUCAGAAGGUUCACCUCCAAUACCUUUCUUGCUCCGGCUGCAAAGAUAUCCAGUGAUUUCGAAUCAGUGUUAACACAUUUUGCUCAGACGUAUGCACUCAAUUAUAGGUCUUCUAAUGGUUGGGUGUCAAUACUUAAAGUAUUGUACAUUGUUUUGAAGCCAGCUAACCGAUCAGAGCUGUACGCGAGUUUUGUUUCAUUCUAUCAUCGUUUCAUUGCUACAGGAGUCAAUAUCGAUCAGUGUGUCAGCAUGGUUUUCCGUUUGUUGCUACAAUAUCAUGAACCAAAGUUGUGCAGUUUCUGGAUUCGUUUAAAAUUAGUCCCGAAAAUUACUUCAUACCUUGGAUAUCAAGUCUUUUCGCAGAUUUCAUAUCUGACGACGUAAUACCGUCACUAUGGGAUGUGUACUUCUGAAGUCAGACCCUUUGCUUGGAUUCUACAUUGGUCUACUUCUUAUUGUAAAUGCUAAAUCCUGUUUACUUGAUCGAUCUGUGGAUGAAACAGGUGAUGGAGAAGAAUCAUGCGCAGAAAAUCAACUUUAUUCCAUUGUUAAUCAAGCUACUGUUGAAAAGGUUAAAAAUAUACUGAUUAACCUACCGAAACCCAUGCGUGUUGGUGACUUAACAAGUCUUAUCGAAAUUACCGAGGUUUUCAUUAAUAAUACACCUGCAUCAUUCCGGUCUCGUUAUCUCCCCAUACUUUUUGGUAACGCCCAACUGGAAUCAGAACGUGCGGUUUUAUCUGAGGCAUUGUGUAUGCCAAUUACCAUUCAAGAAGUUUUGGAUGCACAAUCAAUGUACUUACAAGAAUACGGUGUAAGUAACUCCUCGAUUACGUUGGUGGAUGAACCGUCCGAUCUUCGCUAUCUUCUUGUCGAUUGUCGCCCUGCUGAGCAAUAUAAUGCUGGGCAUUUACCGACCGCUUUUUUCUUGGACUCAUCUUUGAUUAUGUCUGAACCUUUAAAGUUUCAAAACGCAGUCAAGUUUUUAUUAUCUACUCAAGAAAGAUCACUUGCUGCCGGAUCAUUUGCCGUUGGAAAACAUAUAACCUUUUUAAGCAGUGGGAGAACAGAAGAAGAUCAAUUGGCUAAUAUGGUUGUGGCUGAAUUUCUUCGCCAAAACACACCAUAUAUUAGUUUGAUUGAAGGUGGCUAUACUGUUUUGCAUGAAGUGUUAGGUGCUUACGAAGUGGGAAGGAGUUUAAUUGGUCACGAGCCUGCAGUGUGUUUAGGAUGCAUCAAUAAAAAGAGCUUCCUUUCCUCACCAGUUUCUUUGGAUGCAAGAAUGCAGCCAUCACCCCAACAAAACAUCGAAACGAAAGUUCAACAAAAUAUUUCCUCUAGUUCAGGUCUGUUUUCCAAAUUCUCAACUGCCAUUUUUAACACUGGUCGUCAUUUAGAUCAAGUACCUAAGCUACUGAAACUUACAGGCGUUUCUACCUCAAGUCCUGCACAAACGAAAAUGCCUACGGCACAAGUGACUACUCCAAACCAAUGUAUUCAGCACAAAGAAACAAAAAAGUCUGUCGCUUACAGAAACACAUCGUCUGUAUUCAGUAUUGAUGAUGAUUACGAUGAAGACGAUGCAUAUGAAGGUGAGACUGAAACUACUGCGAACAGAAAAAGUUGGACUGAGAAUGAAUCGAAAAGUGACACAUCAUCUGAUCAGUCAACUUGGUUAAAACGCUUCGUUAAGUCAUCUACCCAAUUUCCACCUAUUAUGGAGGGAGAUUUUCCUUCUCGUGUAGGUGGUAUGGACAGCUGUGAGGCUGGUGAUGUAAUUGAUACUACGCGAUGGUCUGGUCGACCAGAAGUGAGAGGUGUCUUUGAUACUCGAUUCCUUAAGCAGAAUGGGCAGUUGGGCGAUCAUGGAUUACUUGUUUUAGCAGAACGUCACCUAAUAUUGUUACAUUAUCCAACACGUCGGCUUUCAAAUCAACUCAUUAGUUCACUCAGUAACACUUUGCAGUCUGUUUUUAGCAAGAAGAAUUCAAAAGUACCUCAAGAUGAUGUAACCGUUCAGAAACAUGCAUUCGUCUAUCGGUCAAUCCCUUUGUCUCUUAUUGUAAAAAUUACUUCUAAUCGUCGUUUCCCCGAAUGUAUUACAUUCCACUACUCUGCGUAUGACGAAGGUGAUAUGUUAAAACUAAAUGAUCAAUCAUCACUUGGUAUGAAAGAUCGGCUGUUUAUCACUGAAGCAGGCGAAGCAGUUAAAAUGGUGAAAACUGCCAUUUUUACUACCGACGGUCAGUUAGAAACCUAGUUUGUACAGAUCGAUUUUUGCCUUAAUUCGUGAAUAAUGCUAUUUUUUGGCACAUAUCUCCACUCCACAUGCCUUUCUUGACAGUGGAAUCGUAAAACCACCUUGAUCAAACGUUUUUUUUCCAUUUCUCACUUACAUAAUAUUUUGUGUCCAUAGAAAACUGUGAUUGGUGAAUCAUGUAUAAUACUGUUUCACUCCACUAAGAAAUUCUUUUUUGUUAAUACCUUGCUAUCGUUAUAUCAUUUCUUCGUUAUGUUUAACCAAAGCAAUACCUCCUAUACUGACUUCUCAUUUAUGUGUAGGUGAUUUUCUUUAAAUGGGUUCUUUUGCUAUUGUUGAUUACAUAAACAAGACACAGUUCUUGUAUUGAUUUCAGUUUAAGAUUAUGUUUCACUAUUUGCUAAAAAUUGUGGUUCUUAUUUCACUAUUAGUUUAUUAGAUGACACUUGUGGGUUAUUAAAUAUCAACUUGUGGUUGGUGUAACUAACAAUCUUAAUAGUUCAGCAGCAUUUUGACAUAUUUUUAACCUUACGUUAAAUUAUGGUAUAAAGCCUUACAUAAAUUCCCUGUUAUUCUCAUUUCCCUUGACUGUAACUAAGUUUUCAAUAAUUCACUCUCAAACUCCGUUUCUCUUAUUUACUGGAUGUGACAAUUAGUCCUCACGUAUACUUUCACAUUGUUGCACUAAGUGGUUACUUUUCAGCCUGCCUGUUUUACUUUCUUUUUAACAUAAGUAUUGCUCAACACAACUCCUAAUAAAUCAUUAUUUACCUGAUUUCACCUUCCUUCUCAGUAAUGUAGUUAAUGAUUAUUGUCUUAACACCGUAUUUUCAUGGUCGUAGUGUUGUCGCAAUUCACUGAGCAUAUUUUUCUCGUUAGGGUUUCUCCACUAAGUGGACAAAUAUACGUUUUUCGUUCUCAUCACCUUUCGAAAGUUGUUUGAAUUUCAAGAAAUAUGAAUUUAUGUUCUUGUUCAAAAUAACUGGAAGAGGAUCGAUAUAGAAACUACAUACUACAGUCAUUGCCCUCUCAAACAUCAGUUAGUUCCGAUAACCCACAGCACAAAAGAACACAUCGACGGAGUGUGAUAGCCUCAAUCUUGACAAUUAUCCAACAGAAUUGAAAACCAGGUAGUCGUAUUUUUUCCUAGCAUUUUAAACCAGUCACCUUGGCUUACUGUUAUGACAUCAUCGUUAAACUGGCUAUCAUCCUAAGAAUCAAUAUUAUUCUGCGUUUG